AUGUUUAAAUUUCCACUUAUAUUGGCCGUCAUUGUCCUUAUGAUGGCGCAUGAGGAAUACGCCCAGUCUUUAUCGCAAGGAGUCGAGGACUUCUCCUUAGAACUCUUUCGCCGAAUAGCCGUCGGCUCGAACCAGGACUUCAUGAUAUCGCCCUUCACUGUGUGGUCACUUUUCGUGCUUCUCUUCGAGGGAUCGUCAGGAGGAACUUAUUACCAACUGCGUCAAGCCCUUGGGAUCAAUGGCGAUGAUAGAACUUUACGUGAGUUCUCCAGGGCGCGGAAUCAGUUUCUCAACCUCAUGACUAACGAAAUCGAGAUCAAAGCCCUUCGUGGCAAUUACGUCGCCCACAAAUUUUCGAUCACUCCGAUAUACAAAAGUAUACUGCAGCAGUACAGCAUUCAGCCCUUCGAAGUAGACUUUAAAAACCUGGGUACGGUGUGUCGCAUUAAUGAGCAAAUUUCUUAUGCCACCAGAGGCCUUAUAAAAAACACUGUACAACAACGAGAUUUAAGCGACGCCACAAUGUUUCUGCUCUCCACCAUUUACUUCAAGGGUAAAUGGAAGUUUCCCUUUAGCAAGGAUAUGACAAGGGUUGCUCCGUUUUACAACGAGAACGGUCAGGUUAUCGCACAGGUACCCAUGAUGAACCAGGAAGCUAAUUUCCCCACUGUCUACCUAGCGGAACUGGCCAGUACUGCUUUGGAGUUGCCCUACGGGUCCCUAGAGUGGAUAUCGAUGAUCGCGGUGCUGCCCAACGAAAACGUUACGUUGAAUACCGUGGUCAACAAACUCAAGACUGUGGGACUGCAACGCAUUCCUCAAAGGUUAGCUGAGUAUAAAAUGAAAAACAGCGACGCAAUGAUUGACGUUUCGAUGCCCAAGUUUGAAACGACUACGGACCUUUCGCUCAAUGAUAUCCUUAAGCAGAUGGGUAUCCGGGAUUUAUUCGACCAAAACACUGCCAAUCUGGACCGCAUAUCACCGGGAUUAUACGCCUCACUGUGCAAACACUCCAGCAAGAUAAUUGUCGAUGAACAGGGAACCGAGGCCGCAGGGAUCACGGGUUUAUCGUUAGGCUUUAAAUUCCUUUCACCCCGAAUCGACCUGAACAGACCCUUCUUGUACUUGAUCGUGGAAAAGCAAACCGGCCUGCUGCUCUUCGCUGGCCAAGUUCGGAAUCCUAAGGCCUAAUCCAAAGCCUAGCGAGCCUCUAUAAGUAUACCAUAAAAAAUACUUAACGUUUA